CGACACUGCAACUAGAACCAAACUGAACAACUCCUUAACAAGCAGGAUGCUGAGAUUUCGUCUCGCUUUAACGCUUGUCAGUGUUCUUAGAGCAUCAUUGCAGGCUGAUGGCAUUGAUAUACACCUUGUUAAUGGCAAAAACCCUGCUCUGGUAGAGUGGAGGUCCUUCAUAAUUUCCAGUGGGGAACAGUGUGUGGUGAUUACUGGGAUCUGACAGAUGCACAAGUAGUGUGUAGGCAGCUUGGUUGUGGUGACGCUGUCAGUGCAUAUCAAGAUGCCCACUUUGGUCCAGGAAAUGAUCCAAUAUGGCUGGAUGAUGUUCACUGUUCUGGAAAUGAAGGUGACAUCAUAAAUUGCCGUCAGAAUAAUUUUGGAGUCCACAACUGCAAGCAUAAAGACGAUGCUGGUGUUACUUGCUCAGCUUAUAAUCAGAUCAGGCUGGUGGAUGGUCCAAGUAACUGUUGUGGUCGAGUGGAGAUCCAGCACAAAGCCCAGUGGGGAACAGUGUGUGAUCAUUACUGGGACUUAAAGGAUGCAGAGGUGGUGUGUAGGCAGCUUGGAUGUGGUAAAGCCGUCAGUGCUCCUCGUAAUGCUCGCUUUGGUCAGGAAACUGAACCAACCUGGCUGGAUGAUGUUCAGUGUACUGGAACUGAGACUGCAUUAGAUCAAUGCUCACACAGAGGAUUUGGAGUAGAGAACUGUGGACACCAUGAAGAUGCUGGAGUCGUGUGCUCAAACAUGCAGGCUCCUACAUUGACUCAGAUCUCUCCAAACUCUGUGGUAUCAAUUGGAGAAGUCCUUCAGUUCAGAUGUUCCACACCCAGCCCAACAUGCAUUUCUGUAGACUUCAGUUUAUAUAAAACUGGAACAUCAAUAAAGAAGCAAACUGCAGAGUCUACAACAACAUUUACUCUGACUGUAGAAGCCUCACAUCAGGGCGAGUACACCUGUGAUUACACAUACAGGGAAACAUCCUCCACUUCAUCCAGGAGCAGCUCCAUUAGCAUUACUGUGGUCAACCUGCAGCAGCCCAAUAUCUCCUUCAGUGCUGCCAGUGGUUCAUUCCACUGGGGAUCUGAUGGACCAGAGGUGACAAAGGGCUACAGCUUCUCUAUUAUCUGCUACACUAAACCUCAGCAUCCAGGAGGGUCCUUCCAUUUAAAGUUAAGUGGAUCCAACAUCACCAAAACUGAAUCAGCUGUUAACCACUCAGCCAUCUUUCAGUUUCCUCAGGCAGAUUUUGUCCAUCAGGAAAACUACAGCUGUAUUUAUGAAGUUAACGUGUCUUCAUGUACCUUUACCUCCGCUGCCACUGAGCUCCUGGUCAUCACUGUGAAAGCAUCUCUGCUUCUCUACAUUAUUGCUGGAGUCACAGCAGGACUGCUUCUCUUCUUAGUUCCAGUCAUCAUUUGCUUUGUGAAGAAGCAAAAAAGAAGAAAGUUUCAGCAAAGUAACAGGAACAAUAAUCAGUGUGCCAAAAACACACGUGCAAGUCUCCAAGAAGAAAUUGAGGAAGAUGGCGUUCAAGCUAAUUAUGAAAAUUCAAUAUCUUUUUUCCAGCAGGAGAAGCAGGAGAAGGAUUCAGAUUGGGAUAAUGACUUUGAUUCUUCUGAUGAUGAACAAAGAUGUGACAUGAGUAAUGUCUAUGAGCUAGUAAACUUUUACACCAACUGUGUAGCAUAGUGUCUAAUAUCCACAGGCCAGGAACAAUUAUUUGGUUAAAUUAGAUAAUUUCUCUAUUGAUAGAAUAUUAUUGCCAGUUAUAAACAUUUCUAUUAACAUGAACUUCAUGAACAGUUUUUUCCUUACUUGGAAAUCUGUUAAGAUAUAUAGAUUUUUUUAGAUAGAUAAUUUGCAAAUCUCAUAAACCCGUAUUUUAUUCACAACAGAAAACAUAUAAGAUGUUGAAGUUUAAGGAAAUGUAACAUUUAUGGAAAAUAUAGAUAAUUCGGAAUUUGAUGGCGCAAACACGUUUUUAAAAAGUUGAGACAAAAAAAACGGACAACAAAAAGAUGGAAAAGUAUGUGGUACUCAAAAGAAACAGCUAGAGGAACCAUUUACAAGCAAUUAGGCAACUGGUCAGUAACUUGAUUAGAUUAAAAGAGUAUACAAUAUAGGCAACGUCUCUUUGCAAUGAUGGGCAAUGGCACUAUAAAUACUGAAAGGUAUAUACAGGUUUUAGAGCAGCAUUUACUUUUAUCUAUAUGACAUUUUUGAGCAAGACAAUACUAAAAAACAUAUUGCAUUUAUUACAACAGCAUGGCUUUAUAGUAGAAGACGACUGUGGUAUGUAUGUAAGUUGUAGGCAGUGAAAAUUCUCAGAAGUUAUUG